CUCCCCCCCCCAGAGGAGAGAGAGACAUGGAGCUGUACGGACUGGCGCUGCUGAGCCUCUGGGUGGGGAUGGUGCAGGGGGACCGGCACACUGUGUUCUGGAACAGUACCAACAGCAGGUUCCAGCAGGAGGAUUACACAGUACAAGUCCGACUCAAUGACUACCUGGACAUCGUGUGCCCGCAUUACGAAGAGGGCAGUGCCGCCGGGCACGCGGUGGAGCGCUACACCCUGUUCCUGGUGGACUACAAGGAGUACGAGAGCUGCAAGCCCAUCUCCAAGGACCAAGUGCGCUGGGAGUGCGACAAGCCCUUCGCCCCCCACGGGCCGGAGAAAUUCUGCGAGAAAUUCCAGAAAUUCACCCCCUUCACCCUGGGCAAGGAGUUCCGCGAGGGUGGCACCUACUACUAUAUCUCCAAACCCAUUCACCAUCACGGCGAGAGCUGUAUGAGGCUCAGGGUCCAAGUUGUGGGCAAAACAACUCAGACUCCUGAUAUAAACGUUCACACACCGGGGGCCAGGAUCCAAUCAGAUGAGCCAGGCCAGGUGCUCCCCGGGGUGCUGCAGAGCGUGGCGGGUAAAUCUGCUGCUAUUGGAUCUCCCUGCACCCUCAUUGGGCUCCUCCUUCCCGCAGUGCUGCUCCUGCUGAGACUGUGAUGGGACACUGCUGGGAUGUAUUGCUAGAUACCCCGGGCAGGCGCUGGGGGGGCACGUGGGGCAGCUUGGAUGUGACAGUGCCCCCCCAGUGGGCCUCCCAAAGAGCCGCGUGACCAAAGACGCACAAAUGGUGCAAGAACAAGCCCAAAGGAUGGUGCUGCACUUCCUCCAGCCGAGGAUUGGCCACGCCCAGGCAACGCUUAUCCCCGCCCCCGGCAGAACCUUGCAGGUUGAGGUCUGCAUCAGACCCGCCCCCGCGGAGCUGGCGGCAGAAGAGGGCUCAGCGUGAGUGACUUGCUGUGGGACGCCAUGACGACAACAGUAUUUGUUUGUUUUUUCUACCCCGUUUGGUGCCAUCGCGGGCAUCGGUGGUGCCAACCGGCCUUGUACAGUGUAAAUACAGAGAGUUUAUACAGAUUUCUAUUUAUAGGACUAACCCUCCUGCGUGCCAGGGGACUGGAGUCUAGCCCCCCCCUGUACCCCGAUACCCCCCCGUACCCAGAUACCCCCCCGUACCCAGAUACCCCCUCCUCUGCCCCCUGGCUGCAAUAAUCACACCCCCAUGUAAGGAUUGUACAGAAGUAGAAUUAUGUUUUUUUUACAAGACUCAAUAAAGAGGAAAUUUAUAUGAAAA